CUCUUCCACACACGGAUUACACUACACGCGGGAAGUCACUGCGGCUUCUUUUUUUUAAUCAAAGCAAAUCACAAACCUCUAAAAUCCAACAUGCAAGCUACUGAGGAUGUGAGGUUUUGGAGAUUUCUUUUAUUUUCAUGCCUCUUUUUGCAGAGUUCCUGUCAAGACUUUGGAGGACAGACACAAUUUAUUUGCACCUCGGUCCCAAAGGAUAUGGACAUAUGCGCAGCCACUUUGCAGAAUAGCGUCCCUGGUGAUGAUUUGAAGAGCACCGUGGUGCAGUUGAGGGAGACAGUCCUGCAGCAGAAGGAGACCAUCAUGAACCAGAAAGAGACGAUAAGAGAACUGACCUCAAAGUUGGCGCGAUGCGAGAGCCAGAGUGGGGCCGAGGUAGGGGAAGGGCGGCCCGGAGGCAGGAGGAAAGAAGCUGGGACCAAAAACACGAUGGGGGAUGUAUCCAGGGGCCCCGCAGAGACUUUGGCACAACUCUCACAGACUUUACAGUCACUCAAGCAGAGACUUGAGAACCUUGAGCAAUUCAGUCGAAGUAACAACUCGGUGCAGGCCAACAGCCUCAAAGACCUGCUCCAAAGUAAAAUCGACGAUUUGGAGAAGCAGGUGUUGUCCCGAGUGAAUAGCAUCGAGGAGGGGAAGCCCGGACUCCGGAAUGAGACAGAGCAGCGUGGGAGAGUGGAGUCCACACUCACAUCUCUGCACCAGAGGAUCACAGACCUGGAGAAAGGUCAGCGAGAAAACAGGCCUCUGGAUAAAUUCCAGCUUACAUUUCCACUGAGAACCAACUACAUGUACGCAAAGGUGAAGAAGAGUUUGCCUGAGAUGUACGCCCUCACCGUUUGCAUGUGGCUCAAGUCCAACGCAUCCCCAGGAGUGGGCACACCUUUUUCCUAUGCCGUUCCUGGUCAGGCCAAUGAGUUGGUGCUCAUCGAAUGGGGAAAUAACCCAAUGGAGAUACUGAUUAACGAUAAGGUUGCAAAACUUCCUUUCCUGAUCAAUGAUGGAAAAUGGCAUCAUAUCUGUGUGACUUGGACCACUCGUGAUGGCGUGUGGGAAGCUUUCCAAGAUGGCGUCAAGAGGGGAAGUGGUGAGAACCUGGCCCCAUACCAUCCUAUAAAACCACAAGGCCUGCUGAUCCUCGGUCAAGAGCAGGACACGUACGGAGGUGGAUUUGAUGCAACGCAAGCUUUUGUUGGAGAUUUAGCCAACUUUCACAUCUGGGAUCGGAAACUAUCCGUGGGAGAAAUAUAUAAUCUGGCAACUUGCAGCAGCAAAGCACAAGUGGGCAAUGUUUUUGCAUGGCUGGAAACGAGCCUUGAAAUUUACGGAGGUGCCUCGAAGUGGACAUUUGAAGCUUGCCGCCACCUCAACUAAGGAGCGGAUGAGAAAAGAUCAGUGCAUUAAUUUAGCCUGCUCUGGUCACAAGCAUCUAUAAAGUAAUUUGAAGGAUCCAGAGGCAAAUAUUUUAGUGACUACAUGCCGAAUUGUUUAAGAUGCUAAAUAAAAAAUUAAAAAAUGUGAGCACCCUAUUUUUUUUAAAGCAGAUGUAUUUGGGAGAGUUCUUGGUUAAUGAACAAUUGCAGCGUUAUAUGGUGCUGGAAUGCACAACAGGUUUGUCUGUGGCUCUGUCUUGAUGUUGCCACUUCAGAGACCUGAGAAGGCUCACAGGUAACACAAAUUAAAGAUUAAAUGCCAUAGAAUGUCAUGUAGUCUUUGUAAAAAGAUGUCCUGCAAUUCAACAAAACAAUUUCCUCCAGAGAUUCUUUUCGUUUUGACUGCCAAGGAUUUUCACUGUGAAAAUGGACAAGGCGGACUUCUUUAAAAGAGACUACGUUCUUCAACAGACCACUGGGUUUCUCCCCUCCUUUUCAUCUCCGCGCCAACUGCUUGACGUGAUUUUGUGUGAAGGGUGUCAUGCCCAUUGCCAACAUUCAAGCCUGAGUGCCUUGGGCUGUUGAAAAAAAUCUCAGCACAUUCACGAGUUUGUGUGUUCCUGUUUGUUUUCUUGAAUUCAUUUCAUAAAUGUAUUUGUCAUAACACCUUAAAUGGGGUGGGGUUGUCUUGAAAUGCAAUUCAGGGGUGACAAUGGGGGAUUUUGCAGAUGUUUGUACAUUAAUGGUAAUGUUCUCUGUACAGUAACAGCAUGUCUUAACUACUGUAAAUGCUGUGUAAGCAUCUAUGAUCUUUGCUUUUGCUGUUGGAUUUUUGGGUGGAGAUUUUAUACUGCAUUGUAAUAUGCAUAAAGCAUGGCAGCACUAACAGAUUGAAAAUGUUCUAAUUUUUUUAAUAAAUUGUGAUACUUGACUCAAUAAAAGUGUAAACAUAUUUAUUCUUACAAGUCUGUGCAUGCAGAUGAUGUGAAUGCACAACUUUUAUAACACUCAUCAAACGUAUGGAAGUUGUACUCAACUCAGUAAA